CACCAUUGUUCCGUAAACUGUUAUCCAUUCAUAAUGUUAUUAAAUUUAUUAUUAUUUCUGUUUGCUAUAUCUUCUUCUUUGAGUACAGUUAUCAAAGCGCCAUUAGCUCCUUUAUAUCUAAAAGAUCAGUUAUUCCAAGAAUAUGAUCAUAUAAACAGCCAGACGGUAUGGCUAGAUCAUUUUAAGGAUUUUACAAAUCUCAUAGAUUCAGAGAAAUUAUUAGGGACCUUAAUUACGUUUAUUAACGAUUCAGAAGUGAUGAGGUUUGUUGGUUUUUUGAUAAGUCCCAAGUUUAAAGAAAUUAUUUGGGAUAUAGAAGAUACGGAAGAAUUUCAAGAGGCCUAUGCGUUUUUAGAAGAAAAAGGCUACGACCUGCGACUCGUGAUUGAUGCGAUUAAUUCAGACUUAAAUUUGCCUCCUUUUCAACCGAAGCCUAAUGAAAGGUAUGAAAAUGGGGUAUCUGCCUUCCUAGCUGCAGCUAUGGGCUCUCUGCCGAUCGAUGAUAUGAAAACGCUAUUCAAAAAUAAAUUAGAAAAUAAUACUGAAUUUAGGGGUCUGGUUGAAGUAGUGAGCUCGUCGGAAUUCAAAGAUAUUUUACAAAGGAUGUUAAGAAAUGCAAAGUUUUCUGAAUUCAAAAAUACAUUCGAGAGUUAUGGAGUCGACUUUGAAUUCGUUUGCGAAAUACUUAAGGAAGUUUUUACCGAUUAUGACCCCAUCUUUUGUGUUUAAUAAUUUGUAAAUGAAUUAACCGGAACGUAUCCUUAAUUGGUUACUGACAAGUUACAUAUUAUUUAAAUGAGUCUAUUGUAUCCUUUGUGUAGUCGUUUUUAUAUUGUGUAAGAUAAUAAAUGCAAGCGAGGAGCUUAAACUGCAAGUUUCAAUUUUCGUCAAUGUUAUCGUGUUAAGUAUAGCCAGUUCGAAAUUGGUUGUCUAUGUCGUUAGUAGUUAGCUGAACUCAUUACAGAAGUCGUUUAUACUACACCCAGCCCAGAGUGGAGCCGCAGACCCGAAAUAACCGAUCAUGUCUAAUACUUGUUAAGUAUUCGGGGUUCCGUAUGAUUGCUCGUCAAAAGUGAAUUCACAAUUAUAUGACAUUUUAUAACAAAUAUAAUCCUACUAGAUGUUAAUUUUUGUUUCAAUAUUGCGAUUCUUUUUCGUUUUUAUAAAAUAUAAUAUAUCAAUAUGCUAUAAAUAGAACUUGAAGAGCCUUACAUUCAAAUUAUAUUAUGUUACAGACAGACUAAAACACUUCAGAGAACCCUAACAAUAACUGUUUCAAAAACAAAUUAAUUUCUAAAACACGCAAUACCACCACUAUUAACUUUCAUAAAUGAGUUGUGUUUCCUGAUACUUUCAUAUUACCGACUUUGUGGUUAAACACAGUUUUAAAUGCAAUUCUUAUUAAGAUACUUAUCGCCACGUUAUUGUUUGUAGGGAAUUUUUAUUGUUAUGUUUUUAUUCUAUUUGACACUUCAAUUAUACUUUAUCUAAAAGAAGUAUUAUGAUCUAUUUUAUAAACUUUUCUUUACUUUGAGUUUUAUUGAAAUAGUAAAUGAUGUGAUAUUAAUAUUGUGUUAGUAAAUUUUGUAUUUGUUUACUGAAUUACUUCUUUCAUAGAAAUAAGGAAUAGUUUUAUCAAUAUGUUUCGUUCAGCGGAAGUAUGAAGAUAAUUUCUGCGCACCCUGCUGUGAUAAGUGAAGGCUGCCUCCAGGAAGUGGGCUCGUGUGUUGCUCUGCAUCGCUUCCUAUCUGUUGUUACAUCCGUUUCCGAUCAUCUCAUGAUGUUACCGCCCCCUCCGUACAA